CGUGCGUCUCGCUGCUGGACGCUUGUGUACUGCCGCUCCCGCCAGCCUCGUCGUCCCUAAAACAACAACAACACAACUCGUAUACACAUUUCAGUGAGUUCUCAGUGAGUUUGUGUUCUUCUCAAUGAGGAAACACACGAUCCGCUUCCUUGGGUGUCAAGACAGCUGCCAAGAUUGUAAAGUCAGCGGAAGGAGGUAACCCGCAGAAACUGCAGGAAUCAUAAUAAUGGAGAACCUUCACAAGUGUAAAGAAUGUAAGAAAACAUUCAGUCGUCGAGCAAAUAUGAUGAGGCACAUGUUGUUGCAUAAGGAUGAGAAACCACACGAAUGUCUAGAAUGUGGGAAAACAUUCGGUCGUCUUGAACAUUUAAACUCUCACAUGAUGCUGCAUAAGGGUGAUAAACCUUACAAGUGUUCAGAGUGUGGGAAAACAUUCAGCCGUUCUACACACUUGAACACUCACAUGAUGAUACAUACGGGCAAUAAACCCCACAAGUGCCACGAGUGCGGGCAAACAUUUACUGAACUAGGAAAUUUGAAGACUCACCAGUUAAAGCAUUUGGAUAAAACUUUUGAGUGUGUUGUGUGUCUGAAAAGAUUCAGUCAACGUGGAGCAAUGAAGAGGCACAUGCUAGUGCACAAAGAUGAGCUUCAUAAGCCUCACGAGUGCCCAGAAUGUGGGGACACAUUCACUCGCCUUGAACAUUUGAAGAGUCACAAGAUGUUGCAUACAGAGGAUAAACCUCAUCAGUGUCCCGAGUGUGGGGAAACAUUCAGUCGUCUCGGAACUCUGAAGAGGCACUGGAUGGUGCAUACGGAUGACAAGGAUGACACAUCCCACGAGUGUCCCGAUUGUGGGAAAAUAUUUUCUCAGCUUGGAAACAUGAAAAUUCACAGAUUGAUACAUCGCAGUUAUAAACGUUUUGAAUGUGCUGAAUGUGGGAAAACAUUCAGGAAACAUUACAAGAUAGUAAAUCACAUGUCACUGCAUUCAUCUGAUGAAGCUCACUUACGUCCUCUGUAAGAAUAGAUUUAAACACCUCAUUAGUGCUGUAUGGGUAUGAUUGUGAGAUGCUAGACCCACUGAUAUCAUCGUCUGCAGACCAUCGGGGCCUGUGUGAUCAGCUUCACACUGCAGACCAUCGGGGCCUGUGUGAUCAGCUUCACACUGCAGACCAUCGGGCCCUGUGUGAUCAGCUUCACACUGCAGACCAUCGGGCCCUGUGUGAUCAGCUUCACACUGCAGACCAUCGGGCCCUGUGUGAUCAGCUUCACACUGCAGACCAUCGGGCCCUGUGUGAUCAGCUUCACACUGCAGACCAUCGGGCCCUGUGUGAUCAGCUUCACACUGCAGACCAUCGGGCCCUGUGUGAUCAGCUUCACACUGCAGACCAUCGGGCCC